AUGGCAGCAACGGGCCCAUACAAACCCUACGAGGAAGUUGCUCAAUUACGACGCGAACAAGCUAAAGCUAUUGAUAAAUAUUUUGAUGAAGAAUUAGACAAGAAAAACUACGAUGAGAUUAAUAACAAGAGUCGAAGUCUACAAUGGAUGCCAGACAUUCGCCCUGCGGAUCGUUUGUGGCGGCAAACUCGUGCAUAUUAUGCCGAGCUUAUCAAAUCCGAGAGAAUAUCCGAUGUUCUUGAUGACAACUAUGAAGAGAUGCAAAAGAUUUUGAUAAAUCCUCAGGCGUGGAGUGUUGAAGUACAAGCAGUUCGAGAUGAACAAAGUAAAGAAUACUAUGAGAACAUUGGCCCAGGUGGGCGUUUCGAAGGACAGCUCGACAAUCUUGCAACAAAAAUGACAAUGGUCCACUUUGGUCUUCCUGUGGCACCAAUGACAUUGAAUAAUAUCAUGGUCCUCACUCCGGAUUGGAAAGACGAUGCAGACGAUGAAGAAGACCCCGCACCUUCUCCCCCUCGGACACAGAGAAUUAUCUAUUCCGAGAAGCCUCUAGAAUUUCUGGAUUCAUAUAUCGAGAGAUCUUUUGGAUACCAAAUCAUCCGACGUCCUCGAGUAAGCAUGCGAGGUGGCGCCGGGUCUAUUGAGGAAUUAGAACUAGCAGAUAGUAGUGAUGGUGAAUGGCGCUCAACUGUCACUAUGCGUGGCGGUGCGGAUCGUCGUGAGCGCGCUCCUCUACUAAGAGGACUUUAUCUUAACCUGCUGGGCCCAAGCCCUAAGCACAAGUCUCGCCGUACACAUCUGGUCCAAAGAGAAUUCCUCAAUUCAGCUCAUAGGCUUCUUGGGAUCCCGAAUGAUGUGGACUUGCACUUUAAUGUUGAUAUCUAUCGCCAGGUAGAUCCACGUAAGAUUGAUAAACCACUACAAAUCUCGUUUUCAAUAGCUUCACAUGAAGAUUUUGAAAAGAAGUGGCCAAGUAUCGAGGAAGUGAUCGGCAAAGUUGAUCACGACCAACUGAGUAUCAUAAUUGAAGACCGCUUUCCUAAUGAAGAUGUCCCUAUGUUCUAUGAGGAUACAACCGUUACGAAACUCUUGAAUAUAGAUCCGAGAUCAGAUUGGUCUUUCUUAGUUGAUGUUCACACUGAAGAUCGCAUUUUACCACCUUUAAAUUUUACCAGAACACAAUAUAGGAAUGAUUUCCUGUCUCUCAGGGAUAAGUUUCUUAUCGGUGCUAGUAGUAAAACAAGCGUCUUCGUGCGCAACGUUAGUGGUUACGCGCCCUCACAACACCAAGUCGUGGAACCACCUCAAGACAGUCAAAUUCCCUCAUUUGUCAGAGCUUUUCUUGCCAUUUACGGUCAGGAUCGUCCCUCACGCAAUCCACGACUUUCCAGCACACAAGAAGGGGUUCACGAACAGGCUCUUAAUUUUGGCGGUAUGGAAGUAACCCCUCAAACUUGGGAGUGGGUUGUUGAACGAGUCAGACAACAGAAAAAUCUUCCAAAACCUGUUCCACAACCUGAUGAUGAUUCUGAUGCUGAAACUGAAGUUGAUUUGUCAUGUCAACUCACUAUAACAAUUCCACCUCAUUCCGACAUGAGAAAAAAGCCCGAGGAUACAAUCUACCCUCCAUCUCAUUGGCGAUGA